CACGAGAGCUGCCCACUUAGCAGUCCUCUCCAAUUUUCGCAGCUUGCACUAGCAAGUAGCAACAAUGCAAGGCCUCGCAACAUCUUCCAGGCUGUCUCCGACCGUCCUGGUCGUGGUAUUUCUGCUCGGCAUGGCGGGUUCCGCCCACGGCCUGGAGAGGCUCGUCUCCAGCAACUCCAACGAGCCGUGCAAGAAGAUGACACUCUACUACCACGACAUCCUCUACGACGGCGGCAACAACACGGCCAACGCCACGUCGUCUGGGAUCACGAAGCCGACGGCGCUGAGUACGAGCCGCAGUAAGAACACCACCUACUUCGGCAUGCUUGCGGUGUUCAACGACCCGAUGACGGCGGGGAAGGCGCUGCCCGUGGCUGGGGAGGAGCCGGCGGCGCACGCGGAGGGGUUCUACUUCUACGACAAGCAGGAGGCGCAGAGCGCGUGGUUCGGCUUCUCUAUCGUCUUCAACUCAACCGCGCACAAGGGCACGAUCAACCUCAUGGGCGCCGACCUCAUGAGCGAGAAGACGCGGGACAUCUCCGUGGUUGGCGGCACCGGCGACUUCUUCAUGGCGCGCGGCAUCGCCACGCUCAGCACCGACGCCUUGGAGGGCUUGUACUACUUCCGCCUGCGGAUGGACAUCAAGCUCUACGAGUGCUACGUCUGAUGGUACCUUGUGUGUGCCAAUACCGAAUCCAUAUGUCAGCUGCUCAUGCUUAUGCUUUUUCGAUUUACAUUGGUGUGUUUUUAUAGCUGGUUAUAUGCAUUCGCGUAUAUACGUGCAUCUUGUUUGGCAUUCGGAUAAGCAAGUAUGCGUAAUUCCACUAUCACGUUUAUUGUGACUCACUUUGUAAGUGUUGGU